UAUGCUCGAUCACAGCAUGGGAUCGGGAGAUGGCAGCGACCUAGAUGGCAGCACUGAUGACUCAAAGAAAGGACAACAGAAGAAACGUGGCAUUUUCCCCAAGUCGGCGACCAAUGUCAUGAGAGCGUGGCUGUUCCAGCAUUUGAGUCACCCGUACCCGUCGGAAGAUCAAAAGAAGCAGUUGGCAUCAGAUACAGGACUCACUAUUCUACAGGUUAAUAACUGGUUCAUCAACGCCCGGCGGCGGAUAGUGCAGCCGAUGAUCGACCAGUCGAACCGCGCCGGUCCAGCAGGAGUGUAUAGUCCCGAGGGACCAGACAUGACCGGAGGCUACCCAGGCAUGAUGGACGGCCAACACCAGAUGCACCUCAGACAUGGGAUGUAUCCGGGAGCGGGCCACCAUGACGGCAUGGGCGGCUACGGCAGCCACGCAUCGCACCUACGCAGCCCCGUACACUCGCAGGCCAUGCUGAUCCCGGGCCACCCACACCACAUGAUGAUGGCGCACUCCGGCCACGUGGCUAGUCACAUGUCGCACCACGGCAUGGCGGCGAUGGCGUCCGCGCAGAGCCCGACGAUCCACGACAGUUUAGGACACGUCAUGGACAUACACACGUAGUUUGCUUGCGUGCGAAGAAAGGCGCCGUGACGCGAUCGGCAGUCCGGCUUGCACUGGCGGACGAUAUUCAGCGUCUGGUCACUCCUGCAGCAUUCGCGGUGGCGCCUGCUACUGUGCGGAUCCUUCCUCUGUGGAGGAGCUACAGAAGUCGCCGCCAUCAGCCUCCGAUAGGUGCGCCGCACGCGCCGGCGUUCGCUUGUUCGCACGUCGGCGACAAACAGUGGCCAUCUCGGGCUGUCCCGUGCGCGGACGCGUCGUGCGUCGUAACCGUGGCAACACGGAGCAUCGGCAGGAGAGGUGCGCUGCGGCGCGGGAAGCUGGACAGAGUCAGCGGGACACCAGCGAUGACGCACAAGCCCCUAUGAGAUUCACGCCGAGCGGCGCCUCCUUAUGGCGUGAUCCACGGACGAUAGACGGACCGUGGCAUGACAAAUGAUGUUCUUUUUUUGUUAACUUUUUAACACCGACAGUCGGUUUUCUGUGUGCUAGAGCUGCGCACGUGCAUCAACGGUUGUCUGGGCACCAGGGGUCGCUAGUAGCGUGCCAUACAUAUAUAUAUAGUGAGUAUGUUACAUUGUGGAAAUAUGUAGUGCUUCACUGAUCGUGUUUAUACGUGUAUGGUAGCAACACGCACGCGCGCGCACAGUGAGGCCUGCUGUCACGUCAUUUUAAACUGCUUUUGUUACUCGUUAUAUUGAAUAUUAUUAUUAUAUAUAUAUAGAUAUAUAUAUGAAUUUUAUGCAAACUGGCUUCGGGUGUGCAAGGGGGAGCGUUCGCAUAUAAUUGUGAGAAGCGUAACAUGCACUUGUGUCUGCGUGACCAGCUGAACAGGGUACCCUGAUGGGAAAAACGGAAAAAUGAAGCUGCACUGGUGUUUAGUACGUGUAGGAGAGGCACUACUAUACACACUCAUGUACAUCUAUCUAUCUAUAUAUAUAUGAAAGGACCGGUGGGUGGGCCCCACCUUCCACAUACAGGGACAUUGUCUGUUUACGAUGUGUACGUAGUCCUGGCGUAAGCCUUGCUUCGUCGCUGCUCCUCGGAGAUAGAGAGAGAGAGAGAGAGGGAGAGAAAUAGAGAGAGCCGCACGCAAGGUGGUUGCAGCCUCCAUCAGUGGAAGCCAUCGGCUUGGCCCCCUGCUAUCCCGAGGAUGCGGGAGAGCACCAAUGACGAGCAGCUCAUGCAGCAUCCAGCGAGCGUGCUAAUUAGUUCUCGCAGGACGUAUCCGAGGGGGGCGAGACUACAGGGAUGAGAACCAAAAGGCAAUAUACCCUACCUCCCCUUGUUCCGGGUCACCGACUAGACACGGCAGUCGCCUGUGUGGUAGAGCUGAGAAUUCAGAUGUUAAGUUAUGCGUGUUUAUUUUGCUUCGUAGUUCCGUAGAUCUCUCAAUGAUUGACUGCCGGGGCGACCCGGAUCGGAAAUUGUCAGAUGUUGGCGAUUCUUCAAGCAAACGCUACUUGUAUAUAUAUAUAUAUACAUAUAUAAAUUCAAACGUGCUAUUAUAACCGCGGAAUGUCGAUGGGUUACGUCGAUGGUCUGGUCUGUCGAUGCUGUGGUCGUGGUAGCGGCCAGCUAGAUACACCCAGGGUACACAGCGCUAAUUGCGUGCGUGCGUGCGUCC